AUGUCGGGACAGACACUCAACGAUCUGAUCGCGACGGUCUUCUUGCGCGCGUCGGACCCGCCUCCACCGCCUCCGCCUCAGCAGUUCGACACGCGCGCACCCGAGACUGCUGCCUCGUCGUCGUCAGCAGCCGCACAGGACCCGGCCCAGCAGACGCUGUCGCUGCUCUCUCGCGCGCAGCAGCUCUCCGACUCGGUGGGCGUCGUGUCGUCGAACGAUGCGCUGCGCGAUAUCUCCACCUCGUCGCUGCGCACGCUCUUCCUGCCCUCGCUCGAGGCGGAGCUGCACCAGGCCGUCCGCACGGGCACCGACCACGCUUCGCGCAAGCGUCGUCUUGCGCAGAGCCAGACUGCCGCAGCCAAGUUCCUGAACAGGACGAUUGCGCUGGGCGUGGUACCGCCCAGCACCAAGCAGUUGCUCGGCUGGACGUUGGGCGGUGUGCACCCCGCAGAGUUGGUGGGCAUGGGGGUUGAUGUGGCCGCGUUGGGGGGUGGGAGUGCGCCGCAUGUGAGGGAAGUCAAGAUUGCAGUGUUUAAGCUCGAGCGCGCACUCAAGCAGAAUCUCGACGAGUUCCGACAAGCUUACCGCUCCAAAACUGCGCCAGAUAGGGUUCCGGGCGAUGUGUUUUAUGAUCUCGUCUUUCCUGUGGCACGUGCGGAGGAUGACGAUGAAGACGACGAUGCGGAUAACGAGACGAGCGCUACAACUGCGCCCGGAGGCAUCGGUUCGGUACGACAGUACUUGCUUGCACUGCUCAAUCUGCACGUGCUACGGGCUGCCCAGCUCGUCACUGCAGCAAGCCAGGAGCUCGAGCUGCUUCGAAACAUGCCUCCCCCACCGUCCGUCGAUACACCCUCGGUUGCAACCGACUCCGAGUGGAGGCUCGACAGGUCGCGCACAGGGCUGGCUACAAGCGGCCCACUCAUGGCACCGUCCGGAAAGGUACUGCGCCCCUUUACAAUUACAAAGACGCGCGAACAGGCGGCCAAGGAGGUGUUUCGACCGGGUCACAGAUUGCCCACCAUGUCCAUCGACGAGUAUCUCGAGGAGGAAGAACGCCGUGGCAACAUCAUCCAGGGCGGUGGCCAGGCUUCGUACGACGCUCCCACCUCGACGGAAGAGCGUGCAAGACGCAUGGAAAACGACGGCACCAAGGAUGCAGACGACGCAGAGGAGGAACAGCGACAAAAGGAUAUCCACUGGGACACCUUCACAGAGCACAACAAACGCGGGGCUGGAAACACGAUGAAUCGAGGCUAG